AGCGUUCCAGGUGGGAGGAGUCGCGUUGUGGCGCGAACCGCUCAAGAUGGCUGCGGAGAAGCUGAGAAGUAAAGUGACUGCAGCUUUCCAAAUGCACGGCUUAGUCCUCCGCGCGGAGGCUACAAACUAUCUCACAGAAGCUCUUCAAGCAGCUAAUGAAAUAGAACUAGAAGACAUGAUAGAAAAUAUAAUUGAUGCUGUUGAAAAACAGUCUUUGUCAUGCAACAUGGUUGAAAGGCCCAUGGUGGAAGCAGCAGUCUUGGAGUGCAGCAGAUCCUUAGAUGAAACAAUAGAACAUAUUUUCAACAUUAUUGGAGCUUUUGAUAUUCCACGAUAUAUUUACAGUUCUGAACGAAAGAAGUUUCUACCCCUUUCAAUGACCAACCACCCUGCACCUAGCUUAUUUGGCUCUGCCAGAGAUAAAGCAGAACUGUUUCGUGAACGUUACAUCAUUUUGCAGCAGAGAACCCACAGGCAUGAAUUGUUCACACCAUCUGCUAUUGGCACACACACAGAUGAAAGCAGAAAUAAAUUCCAGCUCAAAACUGUAGAAACUCUCUUGGGCAGCUCUGCCAAAAUGGGGGAAGUGAUUGUUCUUGGCAUGAUAACCCAGCUUAAGGAGGGAAAGUUUUUCUUGGAAGAUCCUACUGGGGUUGUGCUACUGGACCUUAGUAAAGCACAGUUCCACAGUGGCUUAUAUACAGAGUCAUGUUUUGUUUUAACAGAAGGCUGGUACGAAGAUGAAGUAUUUCAUGUCACUGCUUUUGGAUUUCCUCCUACGGAGCCUUCUGCUACGACUAGGGCAUAUUAUGGCAACAUAAACUUUUUUGGAGGGCCUUCUUCAACCUCUGUAAGAUCUUCUGCAAAAUUGAAACAGACGGAGGAAGAAAAUGAGGAUGCCAUGUUCGUGUUCCUUUCAGAUGUUUGGUUGGACCAAGCAGAAGUUUUAGAAAAACUUCGCAUUAUGUUUUCAGGUUACUCAGCCAUGCCUCCAACCUGUUUUUUCUUCUGUGGGAAUUUUUCUUCUACCCCAUAUGGAAAAAAUCAAAUUCAGUCACUAAAAGGUUCCUUGAAAGCCCUAGCAGAUAUAAUAUGUGAAUAUCCCAGUAUCCAUGAAAGCAGUCGAUUUGUAUUUGUUCCUGGUUCUGAAGACCCUGGUCCAGGCGUCAUUUUGCCAAGGCCACCGCUUACUGAAAACAUUACUGAGGAAUUCAGACAGCAGGUGCCAUUUUCGGUUUUCACAACAAAUCCUUGCAGAGUCCAGUACUGUACGCAGGAAAUAGUAAUCUUUCGGGAAGAUUUGGUAAACAAGAUGUGCCGUAACUGUGUCCGUUUCCCUAACAGUAGUUUGGAUAUUCCUAACCACUUUGUAAAGACUAUUUUAUCACAAGGACAUCUGACUCCAUUGCCUCUUAAUGUCAGCCCUGUCUAUUGGGCCUAUGACUACACCUUGAGAACCUACCCUUUGCCAGAUCUGAUUGUUUUUGCUGACAAAUAUGACCCAUUCACUGUAACCAACACCGAUUGCCUUUGUAUAAAUCCGGGAUCUUUUCCAAGGAGUGGCUUUUCAUUCAAAGUAUACUACCCCUCUAACAAAACUGUUGAAGACAGCAAACUCCAAGGUCUCUGAAUCUCAAUUAAGAAGAGUAAGCCAAAGCUUCUGGCCUUAAAAUGACUGAAGUACUACAACAGUGUUUCUUAAAAUUUAGGAUCAUGGAUUGUAACUGCAUGUUACAGCUAAUAUAUCUUGAAUAUUGUUACAUAAAUCUUGUAUAUACAUUUUUAUAUAAGGGUGUUCAUACAUGCAUCACAUCUUAUACCUCUACUUGAAAUAAUUUGACUUUACUCUUACAAAAAGAACGAAUAAUAUUAUCUGCUGUUCCUCACUGCCAAAAUAUUCAAAGCAAAAAACUGUUCAACUUUCUUCUGAUUCAAUAUUAAGUAAAUAAACCUGAAUAUUCUUUAGAACAAA